AUGGACGGAGACGUCGACGUAGCACAGCGCAAGGGCAAGGUCAUUACGAUAUUUGAUGUCAAAUUAACUCUGGAGUACACAGGCUCCACUGCCGAGGAUGACGAUGUUUCGGGUACCAUUACUGUCCCGGAGGUCUCGCACGAGCUCGCCGAGGAUGAGUUCGUGUUCGACAUUGAUAUCUACUCCGAGUCCAAGGAGAAGCAACCCGUCAAGGAUCUAGUGCGGUCAAAGCUCGUCCCCCAGCUCCGCAGCGAGUUCGUCAAGCUCUCCGCCGCCCUUAUCGCCGAGCACGGCAAGGAUAUCCAGCACGCCCCUGGUUCGAACCCAUCCAGCGGCUUCUCCACCCCCAAAUUGCACCCCCAGCCAGCUGCUGCCAAACCGGCGGCAACGACAAGCUCGCAAAGCACCAGCGGCGCCGUUGUCAACACGACUAAAGUGACCGACAACGAGGAAUUCCGCACGACAGCUGAAGAACUCUACAAGACCUUCACCGACCCGGAGCGAAUCGCCGCGUUCACCCGGGCCCCGCCCAAAGUAUUUGAGGGCGCUAAGAAGGGCGGCAAGUUUGAGCUAUUUGGUGGCAACGUCUCGGGCGAGUUCUUGGAGCUGGAAGAGCCGAACAAGAUCGUCCAGAGCUGGCGUCUGGACCAGUGGCCGGCGGGCCACUACUCAACGCUCCAGAUCGAGUUCGACCAGAACGAUGUCGACAAGGUCACAGUCAUGCGCGUCGAGUGGAAGGGUGUGCCCGUCGGCCAGGAGGAUGUGACCAAGCGGAACUGGCUUGAGUAUUACGUCCGCAGCAUCAAGCGGACCUUUGGGUAA